AACGGUGAUGUAGUGUAGAGCUUUAGAUGUUAGACGGUGGUGUGGAUGAGAGUCCUCGGCUGACUGAGUUGAGCAAUAGCACCGAGACGACGACGCCAAGAGUGUUGACUGUGUUAUCUUUCUUGUUAGAAAAAUUGGUAGCUCGAAAUGACCGGCUCCUGUCAAUAGACCAAGAAGGGAAAAUUGAUAAUAAUCAAGGAUUUAUCAAGUUAUGCGAAGGGAAGAAGACACUGAAUGUGUUCCAUGGAGUUAGAGCUCCAAGUAUGAGUAUAGCAAAGUACUUGGAGAGAAUAUACAAGUUUACCAAUUGUAGCCCAUCUUGUUUCGUGGUGGGUUAUGUUUAUAUUGAUAGAUUGCUUCAUAGACAUCCUGAUUCGCUUGUUCUCUCAUUAAAUGUACACAGGUUACUGGUUACUAGUGUCAUGGUUGCGUCCAAGGUUCUUGACGAUGAGCACUACAACAAUGCAGUUUAUGCUAGAGUUGGAGGGGUUAGCAAUGCUGAACUGAACAAGCUGGAAAUGGAGUUGUUGUUCUUGUUGGAUUUCAGGCUUGUAGUGAGCUCUCGGAUUUUCGAGAGCUAUUGUUUGCAUUUGGAAAAGGAAAUGAUGUUGGGUGGUAUUGGCCAAAGAAUUGACAGACUGGUUUUGUCUAGUUCUGUCGACGACGAGACUGAAAUAUCAGUUGAUGAUACUCAACGGAGUUCUUCCUCGCCGCCUCUUUUAUGACAUGUUUCUUUCUUUGCUUAUACUUAUAUAUGGAGUCUCUCUACGCCCCCAAAAUUGUUGCGGCAAAGAAGAGUAGAUACAUCGAAGUAGAACUGUGUUCUUCAAAUCGGCAACGUAAUUCAGGCGUUAAUGUGUCUUUCCCAAAUGAGUUUAUUUCCUUGGUACU